AUGUCUCAAAAAGCUCUUUUACUUGAGGAGGUGGGUAAGCCAUUGAUCGUGGGGCACCGGACAAUCCCAGAGCCUGGUGAGAAUCAGCUACUGGUCAAAGUCCUUGUCGCCGGCCUAAACCCCCACGACCAGAGAACCCGCGACGAUGGCCUCUUUAUCACCAGCAUGCCAUAUGUCAUUGCUAACGACCUGGUCGGAGAAGUAGUGACUGUCGGAACCGGAGACCAUUCUGCCAAGUUUACACUUGGCGAGCAUGUGUUUGGUCACACCUUUGCCGAAGGGGGCUUCAACAAUGACUUUAAUGCUGCGCAGCAAUAUGCUCUUGUUGAUGCGAGGUUCGUAGGCAGAAUAGCCGACUGUGGACUGAGCGACGACGAGGCAUCCACGAUUCCAGUCAUCGUUUUGGCCGCUUUUGUUGCCCUGUUUGCCCCCUCCGGCCAUGGUCUGCCCCCUCCCUUCUCACCCGAGGCAAAGUCCUUUGACUAUUCCAGCGUCACCCUUCUCGUCAUUGGAGGCGGCUCCAACACGGGACGGGCCGUCGUUGAGCUUGCCAAGUUGGUGGGAAUAGGUCAAAUCAUCGCGGUCGCUGGGAAACAGAAUGAAGCAAACCUCAAGGCUAUCGGAGCUACCCACGUUAUCGACCGAAGAGUCCCUGAUGUGCUGGACCAGAUUCGCGACAUCACUGGAGAUGAGCUAAUCUAUGCUGUUGACACGGUCAAUCCGGGCUUGGAUCAAGAGCUCGGUGUCGCAGCGCUGUCAAACAAGAAAAAGGGCACCUUGAUCACUCUUCGUCGACCCGACGGAGACUUUGAUGCUGCUCGGGUAGGGCCCAAGUCUGCUGGAUACGAGCGGCGACUUGUGUUUGGCGUGUCUCCCAUCCAUCCAGAGGUGACGAUGGGAUUCUGGGAAGAGGUUCCUCGUUGGUAUAAAGAGGGAAAACUGCAUCAGAGUAGCUUUGAGGUUAUUAAGGGCUUGGACGCGAAUGCUGUGAACAAGGCGUUGGAUAAAUAUCGAGAUGGGAACGGGGUUAAGAUGAACAUACACCCUUGGGAAUGA